AUGGUUCUCUCCCGACUGGUUCCCAUCCCCGUCGGCUGUUGUUGCGCCCCACCUGCUUUUGCCGACAGAUCGAUCGCCUUUCAUGGGAUUUCAUGGGGACUGGACUGGACUGGACUGGACUGGACUGGAGAUAUGGGCGGAGUCUAUACUCUGGCAUAUAUUCCACAUUACCUGGCUUGCGUCGUCUCCAUCCGCAGUCAGCUGAGCUCAGCCUGCGCUCGUUGCGUCAAAUGCGAUGAAACCCCGGGAAAAGGUGGCAACUGUACGUCGACCGGCGGACCCUGCGAAGGCUACGAGGUCUAUCGAUUACCCUUGCCAGGAGGGCCCAAGACCAAGCGAGGAGAGGAUCCCUUACUGACCUCGGCUGCGGCCUGCCGCUUCCGCUGGGUGGUGACCUCGGAUGAGCGUCGGUGCUUUGCAUUCUUCUGCGAUCGGAUGAUUCGCGAUGCGGUGGCAUUCCGUGACUCGGCGCGAUGGCCGCGGAUGGUGCUCGACAUAGCCAACACCGACCCCGUCGUGUGUCACGCGGUGAUUGCCUUGGGGGCAGCGCACCAGGAGACCGUUGCCGGCAGCAUGCAAUCACAAUUAGCCCUAACGGCGCGACCAACCAGCUGGCAUUGGGUCGCCAGCGCGCAGCUGGCGCAGGCUUUUGCCCUCUUGCGUCGGCGGAACCCGCACGAUCCCCAGCUGAGAGAAGUCAUGGUUCUCUGCUGCUUGCUCUUUGUUCUCAUCAGUUUGAUCCUAACCCCGACGGGACUACGACAGUGUCAUCCGGCACCUCCGGAGUGGUCUCCGCAUCGUGAAGGAACUGGAAGCCCGCAUCAGCCCGACCCUGUCGCCACUCCCGACGCCCUCGAGCCCCUGCAUCGUGAGGUCCUGCAUUUGAUGCUGCGCGGAUGGGGCUCAUCGGCCGAGAUCAUUGCCACCCACUACGAGGCGCUUCACGCCGCGCAACCCGCGCUGCUGUCCAAGGCCACGCAGACGCAAGCCAGCUUUGCGGGGGUUCAAGCCAUGCACUACCGCACUCUCAGCUUCAAGGAGCAGCGCGGCGCAGACAUCACGGAGUGGCUCUUACGGACCCAUUCCUUGGGACUCCGCACUUGUCUGCUCAAGAAUGAUCCCGCCCGUCCUAAACCCUUCACCCCGGAAUAUGCCACCCAUUUCCCGGAAAAGCCAUCGCUGUUAGUGGAUCUGGGCGUCAUCCUGGCCCUGUAUCACCCCGUCGAGGCGUGUCAGGAUUUCACGGUGCGCUGGCGCGCGCUCCAGGCGCUGCGGUCCUGGCCCCACAACGAAGGCGCCUUUGACUCGCUGGUGGUGCUAACCGUGUUUCUGUUGGAGUCCGAUGUCGGUCCCAAAGAAUUUGACGCAAUGGUCAACCGCCAGGUCGAGGAUCAAUUGCGUCUCAUCACGGGGAACGAGGAUCGGGAGCUGGCGCAGGCGGGCGCAUACCUCACCCACAGCAUCGAUUCGGACCACUCCAUGAAAGCUUGGACCUGUGUGGGCAGAUUACUGAACCUGAAAGCAUAG